AUGCCUCUCUUUGGUAGAGACGCCUCGGAAAUAAAGCAGUUUGGCAGCACUGAGAAAAGCCCUACCGUGGUAGAAGGGACUGCUUCGCACAUCGUGAUCCCAGAAGUGCAAAUCGAUAUUCCUCCAGUGCCGGAAGUUAUACUUCAGCCAAACUCGGGAUCGCACACAUCGGAGGCACAUGAGCCCAGUACCAUGAAUGAAAGCACCCGGCACGAACAUGGCAGUCGCGAGAACGAUACGAAAUCGACCGAUGGAAUCGACAAUGCCGGAGUCCCUGAACCAGAAGACCCCGAAGAGACCAAAAAGCAGCAGAAAAUCAAAAAACGUCUUCUAGAGGCCGAGAAGUGUUUCACGCGGAAGAACGGAAUAGUGUAUAUCCUUGAUGAGUCUUGGAUUCCGUGGCGAAAUUACGCGCUCGACUGCCAUCUAUACGUGUCAUCAACGACCAAUGCGAAGCCCGCCAUGGAGGGCGAUACGGAUGGUACUGCUGCGUUAGAUUCCGGACCCAGCAGUCCCAGUUCUGCCACUUGCCAGCCUCAGAAGACAUCAUCAGCAGAGGCCCUCGCCCCUGUAUCAUACAAUUUGCCCACCCGGGUCAGAAUCAUGAACACCCUCCUACUGAAUGAAAUGAGGAAGAUUACUGGGAUCGUUUCUCUCAACCAAGACCAUGUCCCCCCUUUCAGAUCGAUUGUUCCCUUCGAGCAGAAGUUUCGGGAACUCCACAAAGAAAUGGAGAGAGAAUUUAAAAAGCUGGCCUCCGAAUCCCCUGACGAUCCGGCCGUCCAGCGCAGCAAGCAAUGGGUUCCGGAUGUAUUUGCGUACAAUGUACGGGCUCUUGUUUACUUUUUGGACAAUGAUCUCGCACAUCUCGUAGAAGCAUACAGGCAAAUCGAGGCUGGUACCGUGGAGAAGCUCCCUUUUGCCUACCUGUGGCAUCUAUUUCAACCAGGCCAAGAGAUCGUGUCCAAGAGUCCGAAGCAUCAAGUCUACCGCGUGCUACAAGUCAGUGGUGGGAGGAAAUCUCUUAGAGGAAGGAGCCACGGCGCAAAGAGGUCUAUUCGCAAAACCCUUUCGAAUCUUAAUAUCGACUGUUUCUACCUGGACUUUGAUGGUAAGCAUUUCAAAGCAGUGCCGACAACAAUUUCCAUCACGCCGUACGAUGACGUGUUGCCCAUCCAAUCUUUGGAAGCCUAUCCGAUGAUUUAUGAUCAUGGCGAAUUGGAGGGAGCCUUGGUUGAAAGAGGCAAGAAGUUCACAGAACUGGUAAAAGUUCGACACCAAAGAUACAACGGUCUCAGUCUCAAAGAAGGUGAUGUUUACGACAGAUGCGAUGAGAUCGAAGGCGACGCCAUGAUUGAUUUCGAGCUUGCGUUUCGGAACAGCGAGCCAAAAAUUCCGACACCGAAUUUCGGGGGCGGUGUGAUCUUGAAGCCAACUGAAGAGGAUGAAGAAGAGACUCGAGACGGAGAAGGCGUGUCCUACGACGACGAAGAAUAUAUGCAACGACGGUGGUCACAGUUUGUUCACAAUACGAACCUUCUGGAGGCGCACACGUUCCAGAGCCUCACGAGAGACAGCUUGAUUCUUCUACCGUACAGAGUAUACGGAUACGUGCUUCUCAGCCGGAAAUGGUACCCGCUGGACAUUGACCUAGUCAAAGAUGUGCCACUGGUAAAAGAUGGUGAUGACGACGGGUUUGAGAAACUCAUAAUUCCAGACGGCCACAAGAACAUCGUGCGAGCCCUUGUCAAGACCCACGCUCGUGGAGGCAACACGGCUGGCACCGACAAUGUGUCUCAGCCUCCACUUCGUCAAUUCGAUGUAGUCAAAGGAAAGGGUAAGGGACUCAUAAUCCUUCUUCAUGGGGCUCCUGGAGUAGGAAAGACGUCUACCGCUGAGUGUGUUGCUGCAAAUGCCGGCCGGCCCUUGUUCCCGAUAACAUGCGGAGACCUUGGAGGAACCAGCGCUCAGGAAGUCGAGAGGAACCUGGAGAGCUUCUUCGAUUUGGCAAGGAAGUGGGGCUGCGUCCUGUUGCUGGAUGAAGCCGAUGUCUUCCUCACCGCCCGCAACAGGGGAUGGAUUAGCCAGAACAUCCUAGUAUCGGUCUUCCUGCGGGUGUUGGAGUAUUAUUCCGGGAUACUCAUUCUCACGACGAACCGCGUUGGCGAUUUCGACGAGGCAGUCAAGUCACGUGUACAUUGCGCAUUGUACUAUCCGCCACUCGACCGCAGGAACACUAAGAAGAUCUGGAAGAUGAACCUGGAACUCCUUCAAAAGCAGAACGAGAGCCCAGACUGCAAUGUGCCGGUUCGCUUCGACCGAAAAGAGAUCCUGGAAUUUGCGGACAGCCACUGGAAAGAUGGAAACCGUUGGAACGGGAGGCAGAUCAAGAACGCCUUCCAAACCGCCGUCGCGUUGGCUGACUGGGACAGUCUGAAGGGUUCAUCUGGAGGUGACUCUAGACUCUUCGGGCCGCAGCUGGAACGCAGGCAUUUUGAAACUGUUUCCAGGGCCAGCACCCACUUCGACACGUAUCUUAGCGAAGUCCGGGGAGAUGAUGAGACUCGGGCUAAGAUGAAUGAGGUCAGGGAUGAUGAGUAUGAUCUUCCAAGAGGACAUGGCCGCAAGUCGAAGCCUGCAAGAGGGAAGAAUGCAUCCGGCGGGAAGGCUAAGCACUUCGAAUACUCGGAGUCAGAUACAUCGGAGAGCUCGAGCUCAGAAGAAGCAGAGUUUUCCGACGGCACCGACUCAGAAUCUACCAAAAUUGUUGAGCCGAUAAGAAAGAAGGGGGCAAAAAGGCCUGAUAAGCGUAAAGGGCGGAAAGACUACUAG